AAAAUGCGAUUCUCGUAGAACUCGUCUCUUUGUCGAGGAAAAAAAAAGGGGAGGUGGGGUCGGGGGAGGGGAGACGAUAAAAAAAAAAGAGCCCACGGAUGAUCGAGUCGUGACGAAAAACCGCAGCGCGAGACAAAGAGAGCCGCACCACAGCAGCAGCGGGUGAGCCCAAGCAGCCGAGACGGGUCCGACGGGCGUAAGUCGGGGGGGCCGUCCGGUGGCCUCGGCGGCCAAGCGUCGCUUCUACCGUGCCCUGCGCUACGGCACCGGCUCGUCCGUCGACUCGGACGAGGCCGCGAUAAUGGCCGAGGACGAGCUGGACGAGCGCUCCAGUGGCCGGCGCAAGUCGAGCUACGCGAGCAACCCAGCGGCCAGCGAGUCCGGCACUUUGGCGGUCGACGGCGCCAGCAGCAACGGCUCCGAAGUCCCCGGUACACCAGCCAGUGGCGUCAAGGGCGUGCUCGGUGGGGUACUGCCACCGGAGGAGGUCGAGAACUUCAAGGUCAAGGCCAAGUGGUACACGUCCAUGUGCCUCGGGACCACGGCCAUACUCUCGGUCUUUGCCUUUCUCUUUGCCAUACCGUUCGUCGUCGAGCCGGCCAUUUCUACCAUACUGGCCGACUUUUCGCCCAAGCCCAUCACUUGCGCCACUACGAGCCACGUCCUCGCCGAGGGACUGAGAAACUGCUCGUGGUCCAGCUGCAGGGAAGGUUGCACGGCCGCGGUGACGAGCUGCCACCAGAUUCGGGUGAAUUACACGAAAAUCCUGUACGAGGAGUUCCUGACGAGGCCGGCAGGGGUGGACAUCGACUGGGACAUGAACGACACCAAGUUCUUCGUCAACGCCGAGGGCUGCGGUUACCCGGACACAGGAGUCGUUUGCUCGAUAUUCGCCGAGAAGUACGGCCGCGACAGCUACGGCACUGUCUUCCCCUGCUACUACAGCAGAACUUACCCGGAAACCGUUGUCUCGAGGUACUCGUGGGACGACACUCUGCGGAAUUUAAUCCUGGCAAUAACAAUCCCGAUUUUGCUGUUCCUCCUGUCGUUGGGUGUACUGUGCUACUGGUACUGUCCGCCGGUGAAUAAGCACUGCGGUGGCAGCAGGAGCCUCAUCGACAAGUACGAAAGAAAGGAAGAUAUCCUGGAGGAGGAGGACUUCGAAGAGGACGAGGAGGAGUACUGACUGUUGCCCAGGGCUCACCCCCCGGCGCGGGAGUGACGCCAGUCGAACAAUCGACGCCACGAGUAUGGACGUUAAAUGCAAGUCACGAGCUCCUCCCUGCUCCCUUCGACCGUAUAUAGUUUGGGCGCUUACGCACGCUAUUCGCACCGCCAUUGCGUGAAACACCACGUAUAUGAUAACCGAGCGCCGCAAAAACUUCAUCGUCACGUGUAGACGGACGGUCUGAUGCAGAGACAAAAAUAAAAGAGAGUUUCGUCGAGGUCUGCGAGAACAACGAAUCCGGAUGUUUUUUAGCAAUAAGCUUUGUUAUCGGCUCAACGGCGCCUGCGAUUUGCAUAAUUAAUUCUGAUUGCUAUAGGCAUAUCUAUAUAUACGUUCGACAAGAGAGUGGUAUCAUUUAUAAUGCUACUAUGUUUGGAAGAUUGAAUUUUCUUUCUAACUAAGUGAAUGAUAGAGUUAUUUGCAAUAUUGUUAAUGAUGCGUUUUUAACUAUUGGUAAUAUUUUUUUAAUUAAUUAAUACGUUCAAGUAAUUUGAUGAACAUUUAAUGAAUACUUGUCAAGUCUGUCGCUGCAAAUUUAACUUCCAACUCUUAUUAUUAAUAUUAUUAUCCUCGAACAUAACAAUCUUAUUGAUAAACGUUAGGUUUUUUAAUAAAACUUUCGCGUUUUUCGAAAGUCACGAUAAAAUUGCAUUUUCCAAUUGCCAAAAGUAUUGUUUACGAGUAAGAAGAGUGAAAAUAAUUAUAAUGAUGAAUCUGUCCAAUCGCAAUGCUGCUCAAUGCAAAAAGAAGUACUCAAGACUCAAUCAUUUCUGUGUAGGUGAAAAUAGUGAAUGUGGGUGCGCGUAUGUGUGUACAAGAAUCGAAUGAUGGGUAAUACACAAGACAUCGAGUUUAAAAGGAAAAAAACCGGGGUUGGUAUGUUUUAUGAGAUUAAGAGACAAAAGAAAAAACUUAGCUGCGCCUUCCUAGUUAAUAAAACUAAUAACAAUAAAAGCAACAAAUUAGAUCUAUAGUUUUAAAAAAAAGCAUAGGUUAAGCUCAUAUUUACGCAGCGUCAAAUUACUGCUAUUUGUCAUCGAGAAACGAUAAAAUACAGACAAAUCCGGAAUUUGACGUUGCAUUUAUGUUGUGUAAAAACUAAAGAAGUCAGAGGAGUAGUAAACUGUCUGACUAUGCUGUGCGUGAAACUGGAACGUUUGUGCGACGUCGAGCGACACUGGAAGAAAAUAUUUGUUAAAAAUAAGUAAGAAAAAGAGGGUACCCGUAAAAAUGUAGAUAAAGAUAGCGCGUUGCAUGCGCUUUGUUCUGUCCAUUGUAUCGUUUAAAAAUCAAGAAACUAAUAAUGAUAUUUACACAAGGUCAUUUUCGCGCGAGAAGAUUCCCAUACACAAUAAGUAGA